AUGCCAGCUCAAUUAGAAUUCAAUACAACAGAUUUCACUUUAAAUAAUGGUAAUAAAAUCCCAGCUGUUGCUUUAGGUACAUGGAGAGCAACUGAAGAUGGAGCUGCUAAAAAUUCAGUUAAAACAGCUUUAACUGAAGGUCAUUAUAAACAUAUUGAUACUGCUGCUAUUUAUGGAAAUGAAGAAGAAGUUGGAGAAGGUAUUAAAGCUGCUAAUGUUAAAAGAGAAGAUAUAUUUAUUACAACCAAGCUUUGGAAUUCAGAACACAAAAAUGUUGAAAAGGCAUUAGAUGAAUCUUUAAAGAAAUUACAAUUAGAUUAUGUUGAUCUUUAUUUAAUUCAUUGGCCAGUUUCUCAAAAUCCAGAUACUAAAAAACCUUAUGAUGAUCAUGAUUUUGUUGAUACUUGGAAAACUUUACAAAAAAUUUAUAAAGAAGGUAAAAAAGUAAAAGCAAUUGGUGUAUCAAAUUUUACUGUAAAAAAAUUAGAAAAAUUAUUAAAUUCAGAUGGAGUUGAUGUUGUACCUGCAGUAAAUCAAGUAGAAGCUCAUCCAUUAUUAACUCAACCUGAAUUAGUUGAUUAUUUAAAAUCAAAAAAUAUUAUACUAGAAGCUUAUUCACCUUUAGGUUCAUCAGAUUCUCCAUUAUUUAAAAAUCCAACAAUUGUUGAAAUUGCAAAAAAAUAUCAAGUUGAACCUGCUCAAGUAUUAAUUUCAUGGGCUGUUCAAAGAAAAACAGUUGUAUUACCAAAAUCUGUAACUCCUGCAAGAGUUAUAUCAAAUAAUAAAACCUUUGUUUUGGAAAAAGAUGAUUUUGAAAAAUUAAAUAAAUUAAGUGAAAAAGAUGGAGUUGUCAGAACUUGUGAUCCAGAUUUUAAUAACUUUAAUGAUUGA